AUGGUGCAGGAAAUUCCCUCGGACAUCCCGGAAGAACUAUACAAUCUGACCCAGCUGGCGUACGUGUCGUACUCAGCGCCGAAGCUCAGCACAGAGGAUACGCGCGCACGCACCGCGCACGAGAAGGACUACCUGCAGCGGCUCUCCCAAGACCCGAUGCCGUACUCCAAACACCAGACCGUGCCGUACUACGAUCCGUCGGCCGAUAUGAUCAACCUAGCGCCGGCCGGCGAGUACUAUGCACCCGUCAGCCUGACUCACGCCGACGACGGCCGGAUAGUGGUCAUGCAAGACGGUCCGCACACGGUCACGAUGGCCGAGGCGACGAAGAAGAAAUGGACGAAGAAGUGGGAGAUAAUCCAGAGUCCGGACCGGAAGCCGGUCGAAGUGUUGAACUUGUCGCCGGGAUCGGCCUCACUAUCGCCGUGUGCCGAUGGUAGCCGCGAUAGCGAGCGAUCCAGCUUGAUCCUGUACGCGCCAACCAUCAGUCCCGAUAAGGUCGGAAGCGAUAAGGACGCGCAGAUGUUCACUAUAAUAGAGUGCCACGAGCGGCAGGAAGUGGUCAGUGGUUUUGGAACCGACCGACCGGCCACAUCGCCCGUCCAGGAUCCGGUGGUCGGUCGGUUCGGUGGUGGUGUGUCGGCAUCGGAGGAAUCGCAGGAUUCGGCGGUGGUGGAGUGCUACUAUUCGCACAAGGUGUUCGAUCGGAAGAAGGCCCGCAAAAUCCGGACGGUUUCGUGUGCGAGUAGCGUCAGUAUCGGUGGAGGGACGCUGUUGGCCACCGAUGGAUCCUCCCAGGAUCGCAUGAUCGUAGAGGAGGAUGUUGAACCGGCGAUUAACAGUGAGCUGGAUCGCUCCCGGGACGCCACCAACGAUUCCGGGCACGUCGAGGCCGAUCCACCCGGUGGUCCGGGGGGAAAUACCAGCGAUGAGAACGGACCCGGAUCCGGCUUGGAUGUGCACGUAUGUCCGGAGUGUAAUAAGCGCUACUCGACCUCCUCCAACCUGGCCAGACAUCGUCAAACCCAUCGCUCCCUGGAGGACAAGAAAGCCCGAAAAUGUCCAUUCUGCUCGAAGGUGUACGUGUCGAUGCCGGCGUACUCGAUGCACGUGCGCACACACAACCAGGGCUGCGAGUGUCCGACGUGUGGUAAAUGUUUCUCCAGACCGUGGCUACUUCAGGGACACAUUCGCACACAUACCGGCGAAAAACCAUUCCAAUGCACCGUUUGCCACAAGGCGUUUGCCGACAAGUCGAACCUGCGGGCGCACGUGCAGACCCACUCCAACACCAAGCCACACGCGUGCAGCCGCUGUGGUAAGUCGUUCGCGCUCAAGUCCUACCUGUACAAGCACGAGGAUUCGUCCUGCCUGAAGAACGAACGUCCAGCGAAAGCGCCAAGGCCUCCCGUGGCUGGAAAGUCGCGCCGAAAGGCGCCAAAGGAUCGACCGGCCACGGUGACGGCAACAACCGAUGGAACCCACCGCUCAAUGUCACCAGGUACGGUACAACCCACGACAAACAUGGAAACGGAUGCAUCCACAGGUCAGCCGGUUUCGCCUGCUUUCCCGCGGAACGUACGGGACGUGGUGCGGGCGAAGAUACGGGAGGUGGUGGAGGACAACUGUAAGAAAGCCGCAGCAGCUGCCGCUGCCACAAACACAACCGCUACCAUCGCCACCACCACCAAUCAAACGAGUGGACAACCACCGACCACGCCUGUUCCAGACAAUCGAAUCAGUGUGAUACGCAUUGCUGGUCCUUCCUCGGCUUCCUUUGCUGCACCGGAUCAGCGACCUCAAACGAUCCAGAGCGCCAGUGGCAAUCCUUCCACUGACUAUCCGGAAAACUACGCCGUCAUUGCGUAG